AUGCGGUUCUUUGUGUUUUUCAGUGUGCUGUGCAUGCUGUUGGGGGUGGUUGCUAGUUAUCAGGGGGAUUCGGGGGAGAUAGCAAGACGAGAUGACACGACUACUGCAGAAGCAGUCACCGGCGACGCUGCCUCUACCACUGAAGCCUCUGCGACUGCGACCGAUUCAGAUACUGCCUCUGCAACCGAAUCCGCUACUGAACCUGCCAGUGAAAGCGAUAUCACUGGCACAAACACAAACACCAAUACCGCAAGCGCAACAGGAACUGCCUCCAAAACCCAAUCCUCCAGCAGCAGUACCUCCAUCGACCCGCGCAUGGGCGCCGGCGGCAUCUCCAUGCUCACCCCCACCCAAGGCGCAACCUCCUACUAUAAAAUCGGCGAAAAAGUCACCUUUGCCUGGAACUACACCUCGCUCGCCGUAACCCCCUCCGCCAUCAACGUCGUCGCCUCCUGCAGCAUGAACGACGCAACCUACACCAUCUCGAACAACAUGAGCGUCGCGGAGACGGGCAAGGUCACCUGGGACACGGGCAAGUACCAGGCGAACGCGACGGUGCCGCUGCUGACCGCGACGUAUACGCUGAUUGUGUACGACGUGGAUGCGGAGAUUGGGGAUACGGCGAGUGCGGGGCAUUUGAGUUCCCAGAAUCAGUUUAGUUUUGGAAUGUAUGUGCCGCAGGCGUAUACGCCGUUGAAUGAAUACAAAUGCGCGACGUGUAAUGGUGCGCUUCCGGAACUCGAUGGCCAUGCUGUGAGGUUCGCUAUGGGCAUGGUUACUCUUACGGUACUCAGUUUCACAUGGUUCGCUGGUGGAUAUGGUGUUUUUGCAGUUUGA